CGCUCUCCGCUCCGCUCCCCGCGCCGCCCCGCCCUCCGCCGCAGCCCGCGCCGGGGGUGGGGGCCGCCGAGCGCCAGCCCCCCGGCCGGCCGAUUCCCCCCCCGCGCCCCCUCCCCGCGCCUCCCUCCCCGCCCUCGCCGCGCCGCCGUCCUCGCCUCCCUCUGCCUCUCCUUCCCCCAUUCUCCCGGAUUAAUUAAGGAGGCAGCGGCAGGAGGCUGAGUCCUGGCCGCGGGCCGGGGCCGGGGCGCCGCUGGCAGGAGCGCUUGGGGAUCCUCCAAGGCGACCAUGGCCUUGCUGGGUAAGCGCUGUGACGUCCCCACCAACGGCUGCGGACCCGACCGCUGGAACUCCGCGUUCACCCGCAAAGACGAGAUCAUCACCAGCCUCGUGUCUGCCUUAGACUCCAUGUGCUCAGCGCUGUCCAAACUGAACGCCGAGGUGGCCUGUGUCGCCGUGCACGAUGAGAGCGCCUUUGUGGUGGGCACAGAGAAGGGGAGAAUGUUCCUGAAUGCCCGGAAGGAGCUACAGUCAGACUUCCUCAGGUUCUGCCGAGGGCCCCCGUGGAAGGAUCCGGAGGCAGAGCACCCCAAGAAGGUGCAGCGGGGCGAGGGCGGAGGCCGUAGCCUCCCUCGGUCCUCCCUGGAACAUGGCUCAGAUGUGUACCUUCUGCGGAAGAUGGUAGAGGAGGUGUUUGAUGUUCUUUAUAGCGAGGCCCUGGGAAGGGCCAGUGUGGUGCCACUGCCCUACGAGAGGCUGCUCAGGGAGCCAGGGCUGCUGGCCGUGCAGGGGUUGCCCGAGGGCCUGGCCUUCCGAAGGCCAGCCGAGUAUGACCCCAAGGCCCUCAUGGCCAUCCUGGAACACAGCCACCGCAUCCGCUUCAAGCUCAAGAGGCCACUUGAGGAUGGCGGGCGGGACUCGAAGGCCCUGGUGGAGCUGAACGGUGUCUCCCUGAUACCCAAGGGGUCACGGGACUGUGGCCUGCAUGGCCAGGCCCCCAAGGUGCCACCCCAGGACCUGCCCCCAACCGCCACCUCCUCCUCCAUGGCCAGCUUCCUGUACAGCACGGCGCUCCCCAACCACGCCAUCCGAGAGCUCAAGCAGGAAGCACCUUCCUGCCCCCUUGUCCCCAGCGACCUGGGCCUGAGUCGGCCCAUGCCAGAGCCCAAGGCCACCGGUGCCCAAGACUUCUCCGACUGUUGUGGACAGAAGCCCACUGGGCCUGGUGGGCCUCUCAUCCAGAACGUCCAUGCCUCUAAGCGCAUUCUCUUCUCCAUCGUCCAUGACAAGUCAGAGAAGUGGGACGCCUUCAUAAAGGAAACCGAGGACAUCAACACGCUCCGGGAGUGUGUGCAGAUCCUGUUUAACAGCAGAUAUGCGGAAGCCCUGGGCCUGGACCACAUGGUCCCCGUGCCCUACCGGAAGAUUGCCUGUGACCCGGAGGCUGUGGAGAUCGUGGGCAUCCCGGACAAGAUCCCCUUCAAGCGCCCCUGCACUUACGGAGUCCCCAAGCUGAAGCGGAUCCUGGAGGAGCGCCAUAGUAUCCACUUCAUCAUUAAGAGGAUGUUUGAUGAGCGAAUUUUCACAGGGAACAAGUUUACCAAAGACACCACGAAGCUGGAGCCAGCCAGCCCGCCAGAGGACACCUCUGCAGAGGUCUCUAGGGCCACCGUCCUUGACCUUGCUGGGAAUGCUCGGUCAGACAAGGGCAGCAUGUCUGAAGACUGCGGGCCAGGAACCUCUGGGGAGCUGGGUGGGCUGAGGCCGAUCAAAAUUGAACCAGAGGAUCUGGACAUCAUUCAGGUCACCGUCCCAGACCCCUCGCCAACCUCUGAGGAAAUGACAGACUCGAUGCCUGGGCACCUGCCAUCGGAGGAUUCUGGUUAUGGGAUGGAGAUGCUGACAGACAAAGGUCUGAGUGAGGACGCGCGGCCCGAGGAGAGGCCCGUGGAGGACAGCCACGGUGACGUGAUCCGGCCCCUGCGGAAGCAGGUGGAGCUGCUCUUCAACACACGAUACGCCAAGGCCAUUGGCAUCUCGGAGCCCGUCAAGGUGCCGUACUCCAAGUUUCUGAUGCACCCGGAGGAGCUGUUUGUGGUGGGACUGCCUGAAGGCAUCUCCCUCCGCAGGCCCAACUGCUUCGGGAUCGCCAAGCUCCGGAAGAUUCUGGAGGCCAGCAACAGCAUCCAGUUUGUCAUCAAGAGGCCCGAGCUGCUCACUGAGGGAGUCAAAGAGCCCAUCGUGGAUAGUCAAGAGAGGGAUUCCGGGGACCCUCUGGUGGACGAGAGCCUGAAGAGACAGGGCUUUCAAGAAAAUUAUGACGCGAGGCUCUCACGGAUCGACAUCGCCAACACACUAAGGGAGCAGGUCCAGGACCUUUUCAAUAAGAAAUACGGGGAAGCCUUGGGCAUCAAGUACCCAGUCCAGGUCCCCUACAAGCGGAUCAAGAGUAACCCCGGCUCCGUGAUCAUCGAGGGGCUGCCCCCAGGAAUCCCGUUCCGAAAGCCCUGUACCUUCGGCUCCCAGAACCUGGAGAGGAUUCUUGCUGUGGCUGACAAGAUCAAGUUCACAGUCACCAGGCCUUUCCAAGGACUCAUCCCAAAGCCUGAUGAAGAUGACGCCAACAGACUCGGGGAGAAGGUGAUCCUGCGGGAGCAGGUGAAGGAACUCUUCAACGAGAAAUACGGUGAGGCCCUGGGCCUGAACCGGCCGGUGCUGGUCCCUUAUAAACUAAUCCGGGAUAGCCCAGACGCCGUGGAGGUCACGGGUCUGCCUGAUGACAUCCCCUUCCGGAACCCCAACACGUACGACAUCCACCGGCUGGAGAAGAUCCUGAAGGCCCGAGAGCAUGUCCGCAUGGUCAUCAUUAACCAGCUCCAACCCUUUGCAGAAAUCUGCAAUGAUGCCAAGGUGCCAGCCAAAGACAGCAGCAUUCCCAAGCGCAAGAGAAAGCGGGUCUCGGAAGGAAAUUCCGUCUCCUCUUCCUCCUCGUCUUCCUCUUCCUCGUCCUCUAACCCGGAUUCAGUGGCAUCGGCCAACCAGAUCUCACUCGUGGUAAAGUUGCACAGAUUUGGACUCCGGCACUCAUCUCUGUGGCCCUCACCCCUCUGUCGGGCAGGGCCGUCUACUCUGGGAUGUGGGCCCAGGGGACGGGGAGGCACUGGGCUUUGAGGGGGGACCUUCCAGCAUGGGGGGUUAUAGAUGCAUCCACCUGUCUCACCCAAGAGGUAGCCCAUCCUUCUCGUGGGGUACUCACAGGCACUCAGGCAGGAAUUCACAUCCUCGCUGGGCAGAUGGGCCGGCUGAGGUCCACCUGCCCACACCCUUCAGCCGCACCAGAGCUGGAGACAUGAAAAGACAUGUCACUGGCUGGCGGGUGCAGUGGCUCACGCCUGUAAUCCCAGCACUUUGACAGGUCAAGUCGGGUGGAUCACCUGAGGUCAGGAGUUCGAGACCAGCCUGACCAACACGGAGAAACCCCAUCUCUACUAAAAAUACAAAAUUAGCCGGGCAUAGUGGCUCAUGCCUGUAAUCCCAGCUACUUGGAAGGCUGAGAUAGGAGAAUCGCUUGAACCUGGGAGGCGGAGGUUGCAAUGAGCCGAGGUCGCGCCAUUGCACUGCAGCCUGGGCAACAAGAGUGAAACACUGUCUCAGAAAAAAAAAAAAAAAAAAAUUAGCCAGGCAUGGUGGCACGUGCCUGUGGUCGCAGCUACUUGGGAGGCUGGGGCAGGAGGAUCAUUUGAGCCCAAGGGGAGUGAGGCUGCAGUGAGCCAAGAUCAUCCCAUUGCACUCCAGCCUGGGCAAGAGAAUGAGACUCCAUCUCAAAAAUAAAUAAAUAGGCUGGGUGUGGUAGCUCACGCCUGUAAUCCUAGCACUUUGGGAGGCCGAGGCAGGCGGAUCACUUGAGGUUCAGGAGUUCGAGACCAGCCUGGCCAACAUGGCAAAACCCCGUCUCUACUAAAAAUAGAAAAAUUAGCCGGGCAUGGUGGCAGGCGCCUAUAAUCCCAGCUACUCGGGAGGCUGAGGCAGGAGACUCGCUUGAACCCGGGGGGCCAAGGUUGCAGUGAGCCGAGAUUGCAUCACUGCACUCCAGCCUGGGCAGAAGAGUGAAACUCCAUCUCAAAAAAAUAAAAAAUAUAAAUAAAUAGCCUCUGAGAAAGCUCUUCCAAAAGCAGAACUAAGCAUUUUGGGUUUGUUCCGCAUCACCUGGAGUCCUAAUCCAGUCCCUUUGUCCCUC